AUGGAAGCCAUUAGAAAAUUCUUUGUUGGCAUUAAACUCAAAGGUGCUUGGAGGGUGGGUCUCAUUGAUGGCAGGCACAUCCUUAUUAAAUUGUUAAGAGAAGAUGAUUAUGCUAGAGUUUUCUCAAAACAGAGUUUACAGAUUGACGGUAUUACUAUGAAGAUCUUAAAAUGGUCCACUGAGUUUGACCCGAGCAAGGAGCUGCCUGUAGUUCCUAUUUGGUUUAAACUUCCUGGGUUGAAGCUUCAUUUCUUUAAUCAUAAAGUUCUGUUCAAUAUUGGUCAAGCUCUGGGGAAACCUUUGAAGUUGUAUGUCCCUACUUACAACCUUUCUAGACCUUCAGUAGCCAGAAUUUUAGUAGAAAGGGAUAUCACCCUUCCUACUGUGGAGGAAAUCUGUUUGUUUGGGCACACUGAUAAUAAAUGCUACAAAAGCCAUCCCCAUCUCAGAAGAACGGCUGGGGGGACCUCUUCUAAGGAGGUUGAUCAUUUACCUGUUGAUGUAGGGCUGUUGAGAAAAGAGGAUUUUGAUAAUCCUUUGAAUCAGGAGAUAACCAAGGGCAGUGAGGAUGAUGGCCUUCAGGGUAUCAUCCUUGCCCAAGAUGUGAAUGAUGACCUGCUUGACCAGCAGGAUGUUAAUGCUAAAGCAAAUGAUAUUUCAGAAGCUGAUCCUUCUGGCUGCAACCAGAAAACCAAUGAUGCUCGAAACACUGACUGGAAAACUAUGGUGGGGGAUACUAUUCAGGAUUUAGGGGCUGAGGUUGCCCUGAGAGAACAACAGAUUGACACAUCCUUAAUUAAGGAGUUUCAGACAAUCCUAGAGGAUGAAUGGCUGGUCCAGAAAGAAAAGAAAAAGAAAAAUGGUUUCCAUGGUUUAAACUCUGAAAAAGGGGGAAGUUACAUUCUCAGAGAUAAAAAAUCUCAUAAAGAAGCUCUAGAGGACAUGACUAAAGCAAGAAGGAGGGGAAAAUCUGUAUCUAUUGGAUGA